UCGAUUCUCUUCUUCUUCUCCUUCUCCUCCUUCUCUAAUUCACCUCCAUUCUUGAAUGUCUCCUAUAACAAGGGCAGUAAAUACACACAAGGAGUAGGGAAUAGAGUGGAAAGGAAAAAAACAGAGGCAGAAUUGAGGUUUCCAGCUCGGAAAGACACAGAAGAGGAGCUGAGCAGAAGUAGACAGAAAGCAGCAGAAAACCCGUCAAAAGAAGCUCUUUCUCACAGUCCAGAGAUGGGUAAGACUGGAAAAUGGCUGAAGAAUUUCUUGACGGGGAAGAAAGAGAAGGAGAAGGAGAAGGAGAAGGAGGGAGAAAAUAACAACAGAGAGAAAGACAGGGGUGUUAUUAGCUCUCAGGAUUCUACUGCUAGUGUUGAGAAUCCAGCCGCCACUCCAAUUUCCCACCCACCAACUACUCCCAAGGAGAAGCGGAGAUGGAGUUUCAGGAGGACAUCUGCCACAGCGACUGCCAAUUCGGUAGAGCCACCUUCUGUCCCCGCCGCCCCUGCCACGCCGCCGGCUCGAUUGGGUUCGGAAAACGAGCAGAAGAAGCACGCCAUGGCCAUGGUUGCUGCUACAGCUGCGGCGGCGGAUGCCGCCGUGGCUGCUGCCCAGGCUGCCGCUGCUGUUAUCCGACUGACUGCUGAAAGGAAGAGCGCAAUUGAACAGGCCGCCGCGGUCAUGAUUCAAUCCGUGUUCCGAUCUUACCUGGCGACCAAGGCACUGCGAGCGCUGAAAGGAUUGGUGAAGCUUCAGGCGCUGGUGAGAGGCCAUCUGGUGAGGAAACAGGCCACCGCCACGCUUCGCUGUAUGCAGGCACUGGUGACCCUCCAGGCCAAAGCUCUAGCUCAGAGGAUUAGAACGUCAGCGGCAGAGGACGGGAAGCCUCCCAUCAGCGGCCAGAGACCGUACUCUUCUUCACACAGGAAAUCAACCCAAGAGAAUCGAUACAGACACAUUAAUUACGAUUCCGACCGAGGCAUGGAGGAAAACAUCAAGAUCGUGGAAAUGGAUCUCGGCCGGAACAGCUAUUCCUCUCACACCCGACCACAACCUGAAAGAACAGAUCGGAGAUUCUCCACUCAAUUCACGAAAUCGGAUUUCCAGGUGUCGCCGACGCCGUCGGCGCUAACGGAGAUGAGCCCUAGAGCUUACAGCAGUCACUUCGACGACUACUCAAUCGACGACACCGCACAAAGCAGCCCGCAGUACUGCUCCUCCGCGGUGGUGUCGAAACCCGACCCGUCGGCUCUCCCGCCGUUCUUGCCCCGACCCGAUUACCCGGAAUCCGUGUCGUACGAUCACGCACAGUUCCCGAGCUACAUGGCGAACACGGAGAGCUCGAUGCGUAAAGUUCGGUCCCAGAGCGCGCCCAAGGCUCGGCCGCCGGAGCAGCCCAGCACCCGGCGGCGGGAAGGGAGGAACGUCCCGCGUGCGGUGCGGAUGCAGCGGUCGUCGUCGCACGUGGGAGCCGCCGGUCAGAAUUACCAGUUCCCGUGGGCGAUGAAGCUCGACAGGUCGUCGGUUUCGGUGCUGGAUAACAGCGAAUGUGGAUCCACUGCUAGUACCGCGGUCACUAAUACAAAUUACUGCAGAUCGCUUGUGGGCUUUGAUAUUCAGAAGCAUAGAUAGGAACACAAGGAUGCAAUUUGGUUAUGAUGCAUACGAUACGAUACAUUUGCGUAACUGCUUACGUGGUGGUUGGAAUGCAAGUUUCCUCGUUUUUUAGGAUGAUCAGCGGUAAUCUUUGUAUGUUUAAUAAUCGAAUUGAAAUGGAGAAAAUUAUGUGAUGUCAGAAGGUGUGGAGAGUGAUGGAGAGACUGCAAAUGAAGUUUGACCAGUGGUGUUUUCCUGGUGGUGUGUUUACUGUUUUCUUUUGCUAAUUUUACUUUCUUCUGUAUAUGUGUGCAUAAACUGUUGAAUAAACUAUAGAGCUUUUUCCAUCCGGUACGUUGGUGCCUGGUGGUUGUAAACUUGUAAUCAUUUAUUGCUUUUGGAGUCAAUGUUCAGGACACACUGAAAAAAUGGGUUAAUUG